CAGACUGCGCGGCGCAGACCCGCCGCCCCCUCCCCCUGCGGGGCCCGGGCGGCCGCCGGGAAGUGACACGUUGUUCUUUGGCACUGGCCGCGUUGCGCAGAGCUGGGAGGCGGCGGCGGCGAGCAGGGAGGAGCCCCCAGCCCCGCCCGGCGGCCGACCCUCGCCUGCCCCGAGCGGGCUUCGCGGCCGUCGCCGCCCGCCUUGCUGGUGCGGCCGGACUCGCGCUUUUCCUGGCUUGUGUUCCCGGGAGGCCUCGGGCCUCUCCAGCCCCGCGCGAGUGCCCCGCGGCAGGCUCCGAACCCGGUGUCCCCGGGUGGGGGGUGGGGAUAUCACGGCCGGAGCAGCCGGCUUCAUUUGUGAUCCGGGAGCCUGGUGCCAGCGAGACCUGGAAUUUCCGGUCUGGUUGGUCUUGGGCCCCGUGGAGCCAGGUUGAUACCCCUCACCUCCCAACCCCAGGCCUUCGGAUGCCCAGAACCUGUAGGCCGCACUGUGGACUUAUUCUUAACCGAGGGGGUGCUGGGGGGACCCUGAUGUGGCACCAAAUGAAAUGAACAAAGCUCCCCAGCCCACAGGCCCCCCACCCGCCAGGUCCCCUGGACUCCCACAGCCAGCGUUUCCCCCGGGGCAGACUGCACCGGUGGUGUUUAGCACGCCUCAAGCGACACAAAUGAACACGCCUUCUCAGCCCCGCCAGGGAGGAUUCAGGUCUCUGCAGCACUUCUACCCUAGCCGGGCCCAGCCCCCUAGCAGUGCAGCCUCCCGAGUGCAGAGUGCAGCCCCUGCCCGUCCUGGCCCAGCUCCCCAUGUCUACCCUGCUGGAUCCCAAGUAAUGAUGAUCCCUUCCCAGAUCUCCUACUCAGCCUCCCAAGGAGCCUACUAUAUCCCUGGACAGGGGCGUUCCACAUAUGUUGUCCCAACACAGCAGUACCCUGUGCAGCCAGGAGCCCCAGGCUUCUAUCCAGGUGCAAGCCCUACCGAGUUUGGGACCUAUGCUGGAGCCUAUUACCCAGCCCAGAGUGUGCAGCAGUUUCCUGCUAGUGUGGCUCCUGCCCCAGUUCUGAUGAACCAGCCACCCCAGAUUGCCCCUAAGAGGGAACGGAAAACUAUCCGAAUUCGAGACCCAAACCAAGGAGGGAAGGAUAUCACAGAAGAGAUCAUGUCUGGGGCCCGUACUGCCUCCACACCCACUCCUCCCCAGACGGGAGGCAGUCUGGAGCCUCAACCCAAUGGGGAGUCGCCUCAGGUUGCUGUCAUUAUCCGGCCAGAUGACCGGUCACAGGGAGCAGCCAUUGGGGGGCGGCCAGGGCUGCCUGGCCCAGAGCACAGCCCUGGCACAGAGUCUCAGCCUUCGUCGCCUUCUCCAACCCCAUCACCACCCCCAAUUUUGGAGCCGGGGUCUGAGUCUAAUCUUGGAGUCCUCUCUAUUCCUGGGGACACUAUGACAACGGGGAUGAUACCAAUUUCUGUAGAAGAAUCGACCCCCAUCUCUUGUGAAUCUGGGGAGCCAUAUUGCCUCUCUCCAGAACCCACUCUUGCCGAACCCAUACUGGAAGUAGAAGUGACACUCAGCAAACCCAUUCCAGAAUCUGAGUUCUCUUCCAGUCCUCUCCAGGUUUCCACGUCCCUGGUGCCUCACAGGGCUGAAACUCAUGAGCCCAAUGGCGUGAUCCCAUCUGAGGAUCUGGAACCAGAGGUGGAGUCAAGCACGGAGCCAGCUCCUCCCCCUCUUUCAGCUUGUGCUUCUGAAUCGCUUGUGCCCAUUGCUCCAACUGCCCAACCCGAGGAGCUGCUCAAUGGAGCCCCCUCGCCACCAGCUGUGGACCUCAGCCCCGUCAGUGAGCCCGAGGAGCAGGCCAAGGAGGUUCCCUCAGCGGCACUGGCCAGCAUUGUCUCUCCCACUCCACCUGUGGCUCCUUCUGAUACUUCUGCUGCUCAGGAGGAAGAAAUAGAAGAAGAUGAAGAUGAAGAUGGAGAAGCUGAGAGUGAGAAGGGAGGAGAGGACCUCCCUCUCGAUAGUACUCCUGUCCCAGCCCAAUUGUCUCAGAAUUUAGAGGUGGCAGCAGCUCCCCAAGUGGCAGUGUCUGUGCCAAAGAGGAGACGGAAAAUUAAAGAGCUAAACAAGAAAGAGGCUGUGGGUGACCUUCUCGAUGCCUUCAAGGAGGUGGACCCAGCAGUACCAGAGGUGGAGAAUCAGCCUCCUACUGGCAGCAACCCAAGCCCAGAGUCUGAGGGCAGUGCUGCGCUCCCACAGCCUGAGGAAGCAGAGGAAACCUGGGACUCUAAGGAAGACAAAAUUCACAAUGCCGAGAACAUUCAGCCUGGGGAACAGAAGUACGAGUACAAGUCAGAUCAGUGGAAGCCUCUCAACCUUGAAGAGAAGAAGCGUUAUGAUAGGGAGUUCCUGCUGGGCUUUCAGUUCAUCUUUGCCAGUAUGCAGAAGCCAGAAGGAUUGCCCCAUAUCACUGAUGUGGUGCUGGACAAGGCUAAUAAAACACCACUUCGGUCACUGGAUCCCUCCAGACUACCUGGCAUAAACUGUGGCCCAGAUUUCACUCCAUCCUUUGCCAACCUUGGCCGACCAACCCUCAGCAGCCGUGGGCCCCCAAGGGGUGGGCCAGGUGGGGAGCUGCCCCGAGGGCCGCAGGCUGGCCUGGGACCCAGGCGCUCUCAGCAGGGUCCACGGAAGGAAACUCGCAAGAUCAUUUCCUCAGUGAUAAUGACUGAAGACAUAAAACUGAACAAAGCAGAGAAGGCGUGGAAACCCAGUAGCAAACGGACAGCCGCUGAUAAGGAUCGAGGGGAGGAGGAUGCUGACGGAAGCAAGACCCAGGACCUGUUCCGAAGGGUACGCUCCAUCUUGAAUAAGCUGACACCCCAGAUGUUUCAGCAGCUGAUGAAGCAGGUGACACAGCUGGCCAUUGACACGGAGGAACGCCUCAAAGGAGUCAUUGACCUCAUCUUCGAGAAAGCCAUUUCAGAGCCCAACUUCUCUGUGGCUUAUGCCAACAUGUGCCGCUGCCUCAUGGCGCUGAAAGUGCCCACUACAGAAAAGCCAACAGUGACUGUGAAUUUUCGAAAACUGUUGUUAAAUCGGUGUCAGAAAGAAUUUGAGAAAGACAAAGAUGAUGAUGAAGUUUUUGAAAAAAAGCAAAAAGAAAUGGAUGAAGCUGCUACGGCAGAAGAACGGGGACGCCUGAAAGAAGAACUAGAAGAGGCCCGGGACAUAGCUCGGCGGCGCUCUUUAGGGAAUAUCAAGUUCAUUGGGGAGCUAUUCAAGUUGAAGAUGUUAACAGAAGCAAUAAUGCAUGACUGUGUGGUCAAACUACUUAAAAACCAUGAUGAGGAGUCCCUAGAAUGCCUCUGCCGUCUCCUCACCACGAUUGGCAAAGACCUGGACUUUGCAAAAGCCAAGCCUCGAAUGGAUCAGUAUUUCAACCAGAUGGAAAAAAUCAUUAAAGAAAAGAAGACCUCAUCUCGCAUCCGUUUUAUGCUACAGGAUGUGCUUGACCUGCGGCAGAGCAAUUGGGUGCCGCGUCGCGGGGAUCAGGGCCCCAAGACGAUCGAUCAGAUUCACAAGGAGGCUGAAAUGGAGGAACACAGGGAGCACAUCAAGGUCCAGCAGCUCAUGGCCAAGGGCGGCGACAAGCGUCGGGGCGGCCCUCCAGGCCCUCCUGUCAACCGUGGCCUUCCACUUGUGGAUGAUGGUGGCUGGAAUACAGUCCCCAUCAGCAAAGGCAGUCGCCCCAUUGACACCUCACGGCUCACCAAGAUCACAAAGCCUGGGUCCAUUGAUUCUAACAACCAGCUCUUUGCACCUGGAGGACGACUGAGUUGGGGCAAGGGCAGCAGUGGGGGAUCAGGAGCCAAACCCUCAGACACAGCAUCGGAAGCUACUCGUCCAGCUACUUUGAAUCGCUUUUCUGCUCUUCAACAAACAUUACCCGUAGAGAACACAGAUAACAGACGUGUUGUACAGAGGAGCAGCUUAAGCCGGGAACGAGGUGAGAAAGCUGGGGACCGGGGAGACCGGCUAGAGCGCAGUGAGCGGGGAGGUGACCGUGGGGACCGACUUGAUCGUGCCAGAACACCUGCCACCAAGCGAAGUUUUAGCAAAGAAGUGGAGGAGCGGAGUAGAGAGCGGCCAUCCCAGCCUGAGGGACUCCGCAAGGCAGCUAGCCUCACGGAGGAUCGAGGUCGGGAUCCUGUGAAGCGGGAAGCCACUCUACCUCCAGUGAGCCCUCCAAAGGCUGCGCUCGCUGUGGAUGAGGUGGAGAGGAAGUCGAAGGCCAUCAUUGAAGAGUAUCUCCAUCUCAAUGACAUGAAGGAGGCCGUGCAGUGCGUCCAGGAGCUGGCUUCACCCUCCCUGCUCUUCAUCUUUGUACGGCUUGGCAUCGAGUCCACGCUGGAGCGAAGCACCAUUGCUCGUGAGCACAUGGGGAGACUGCUGCACCAGCUACUCUGCGCAGGGCACCUCUCUACUGCCCAGUACUACCAAGGGCUGUAUGAAACACUAGAAUUGGCUGAGGACAUGGAAAUCGACAUCCCUCAUGUAUGGCUUUACCUGGCAGAACUGAUAACACCUAUUCUUCAGGAAGACGGGGUACCCAUGGGAGAGCUCUUUAGGGAAAUUACGAAGCCUCUGAGACCCAUGGGCAAAGCCACUUCUUUGUUGCUGGAGAUCCUGGGUCUCUUAUGCAAGAGCAUGGGUCCCAAAAAGGUGGGAAUGCUGUGGCGAGAGGCUGGGCUAAGCUGGAGGGAAUUUCUAGCAGAAGGCCAAGACGUUGGCUCAUUUGUGGCUGAAAAGAAGGUGGAAUAUACCUUGGGAGAAGAAUCUGAAGCUCCUGGCCAGAGGGCACUUGCCUUUGAGGAGCUGCGAAGGCAGCUCGAGAAGCUGCUGAAGGACGGCGGCAGUAACCAGCGUGUGUUUGACUGGAUAGAGGCCAACCUGAAUGAGCAGCAGAUAGCAUCCAAUACAUUAGUUCGAGCCCUCAUGACAACUGUCUGUUAUUCUGCAAUUAUCUUUGAGACUCCUCUCCGAGUGGAUGUUCAAGUGUUGAAAGUGCGAGCAAGACUGCUUCAGAAAUACCUGAGUGAUGAGCAGAAGGAGCUACAAGCACUCUAUGCUCUCCAGGCCCUUGUAGUGACCUUAGAACAGCCUGCCAACCUGCUUCGGAUGUUCUUUGAUGCUCUGUAUGAUGAGGACGUGGUGAAGGAAGACGCCUUCUACAGCUGGGAGAGCAGCAAGGACCCUGCUGAACAGCAGGGCAAGGGUGUGGCCCUUAAAUCUGUCACAGCAUUCUUCAAUUGGCUUCGUGAGGCUGAGGACGAGGAGUCUGAUCACAACUGAUGGCGGGUGGGGCAGGGGACUUGGAGCCAUGGACACGUGGAUGGCCCAGCCAGCCAGCCGCCUGGACUGCAGGGGGGCGGCGGCGGCUGUGGCGGCAGUGGCAGUGGGUGCCUGUAGUGCGAUGUGUCUUGAGCUAAUAAAGUGGCUGAUGAGGCAGGAUGGCUUGGGGCUGCCUGGGGCCCCCCUCCAGGAUGCUGCCAAGUGUCUCUCUCCUCCCCCCAGGGCACAGAGAUAUAUAUAUAAAGUCUUGAAAUUUGGUGUGUCUUUGCGGGGGGAGGGGCACUACCGCCUGCCUCUAGGGUCCUUUUUUAUUUUCUGAAAUCACUCUUGGGACUGCCGUCCUCGCUGCUGGGGGCAUAUGCCCCAGCCCCUGCACCACCCCUGCUGCUGCCAGGGCAGGGGGAAGGGUUGGGCACGGUGCCUGUAAUUAUUAAACAUGAAUUCAAUUAA